UUAGGGAUUACUCUCAAGCCUCGGGACACUAUGUGCAUGUGGAGAGGCUUAUAACAAAUGUUUUUCAGAGAAUGUAAUCGCUUUCGUCCUAUUCCUAUUUGUAAAGGAGGUGAUCUCUCUGUCCCUGAAGCUACUGCUAAGCAUUUCAUGCUGCAGUUAGAAGGUCUCGAAUGGGCUCGAGCUGCUAGGUCGUCGCAACCUAGGGGGCUUGCAGAAACAUUAUUUGGUUCACCAUUGUAUAUGGCCCCAGAGAUUAUGCAACUUCACAAGUAUGAUGCAAAGGCAGAUCUCUGGACUGUUGGUGCUAUCUUAUCUCAACUGGUGACAGGCAGAACGCCUUUUACAGGAAACAGCCAAAUUCAGAUUAAGAUGCAAGCCCUGUUGAAGCAACAAGGCUUGUGGGCGCCAUUGUCGAAAGACAGUAAGGGGAAGGGCGACGCUGCUGAGAUGGCUGUCAUGGAAGAGAAGGCACACUCCACAAUCAUGUUGUGUCUUGAAGAUGAGGUCAUCCUUGAGGUUUCAGGUGAAACCACUGCUGCAAAUAUGUGGAAGAAGUUAGAGACUCUGUACAUGACAAAGUCUUUACAGAACAAGUUGCUGUUGAAACGUCGUCUGUUUGCAUUGAGGAUGCAAGAAGGUACGCCCCUGAAAGAUCACUUAGAUCAGUUGAACUCAGUAUUACUAGAGCUGCGUAAUAUUGAUGUUAAGGUUGAAGAUGAAGAUGCUGCUUUACUUCUGUUGGUAUCUUUACCACUAUCAUAUGAGAACUUUGUGGAAUCAUUUAUAGUGAAUAAAGUUACAGUUACAUUGGAAGAAGUCAGGUCUGCGCUUCACAGCAGGGUGUUGCGUCAUCAGGCGGCUGGUACAGUGGAACGUUUGACAUUUGAAGAGUUCUUUGGUCACCCCUUUCUUUCGGAACGGCAGUCAUAUGAGCUCUCAAGGAGUAGAUUGGGAUCAAGGGCUAUGGACGAUUUUCUUUCUUCUGGAAGCAGUCCCUCAAGAAACAUGGAAGAAAGUUCUCAAGACGACUGUUUGCCAUUCCUUUUAGAUGAUGAUUCUAGUGGACCUGAGGGGAGCCCUUCUCAUUUGAAAAGGACCUCCUCAAUGAGGUCGUCCUCGGGAUUUAACAUCGAUGCCAGAGUUGAGAGAAAGGAGACGGGAUCUAGUCCUUUGCAAUUAGAUGAUUCUCAAGAUUCCAUGGAUCAAGACUACGUUCUCGUUUCUGGACCACCGGUGGAUUUGCCAUCAUCGUCAUCGAGUUCCUCCAAGGCUUAUAAUUUUCCAUGGGUCUCAAGAUUCUCAAGAUUCCAUGGAUCAAGUCAGAACUCUGCUCCGAGCACUUCUCAUGGGUCGCUGGAUCUUGGGGAUGCUUUUGAACAGCCAUCAACUAACAGCUUGACAAGAAUCAGUUCUCUGAAAAAGUGUGCAGCAACAAUUGCAGAAUUAGUUCAUGAAAGGAUAAAAUCUGACAAACACCUAGAAGCUUUCUCGAUCCAACUGGCGAUUCUGGCUAUUUGGAAACAGGCACUGCACAUAUGCCAUACUCAGGCAAUCUCAGGUUUGGAAGGAAGCCCAAGUCAAGACAUUAACAAACUAAGAGGAAGUAGCAGCCGGAAACACGAGCGUAUCACUGAUAUCAGCCAUGAUGGAUUAGAGGAGAUAUCCUCUCAGAUUCAGAGGCAGUUUAUCCGGGAGACUGAGAUCUUAAUCAACUUGGCUGUAGGCAAUACAAUGAUGCCUGAUGCUAUGGAGACGAUAUUUGAAGCAGCCCUCGAUCUUGGAAAACUUGGGGGAGUUAAGGAGGUUAUGGGAGACAUAGAGAACGCAGGAAACCAAUAUUCGAAAGCGGUGCGUUUGCUGGUAUUCCUUCUAGUAGAAGCACCAAUGCUGAUUCUGAAUCCGCCAUUGUCUCUCACAAACUCAGACAGGUAUCGCUCAGAACAUAUAUCGAUAUCCUGAGCAGAAGAUUAAAACAUCUGCAAUCACAUAGAAGAAGCUCAGGCGCUCAGAUGCAAGGAUCAUCAUUAGCAUGCAAAUGAACUUAUUCUUAAUGU